AUUCAGAGGAGAUAGCUGAGUUCCUCUUUCUUCCCAAAGCAAUAAUUUGAGAUUUCUUUGGUCCCAAAUAGGAGCUUCAUGAAGUGCCUGCUUGCCACCCCGUGUUAGUCCAUCAGUGAGCUCUAGGUUCAGGGAGAGACCCUGCCUCAGAUACUAAAGUGGAGAGCAGUCAACAAAGACACCUGACAUUCAUCUUUGUCCUAUGCAGACGUGCAUGCACCCAACCUGCACAUGCACAACUAAAUACAAGAGCCAUUACGUAUUAAUGAAUCAGUAGAGUUGACUCAAAACAGAAGUGGACACAUUGUGUUUCCUUCAGUGAACACGUCCUUUGCCUGCUUUGUAGAGGGAGUUUUAGAGUGUGAAGUUUGUCUCUCUCAUUGAGCAGAUCCGUAAGAAUGAGGUGUGAGUAUGAAGGAAGGCAGCACAAUAACCAUGAUGGCAGCUCCCAUAGCUGGGGAUGUGAGUCAGUAGAGGAGCACUUCCCCAGGAUGCUCAAGGCCCUAACUCCAUCCCCAGCAUUACUAAAGAAAUACAUGUGGGAAGUUAUAUUUCCAAGCCAGAUCUGAUCAUCUUACUAGAGCAGGAGAAAGAGCCCUGGAUGGCUGUGAAGGAAGAAACAGACAGGCUGAGUCCAGAUUUGGAGUCAGAUUAUAAAGCUCAAAAAAUAUCUCCAGACAACCACAUAUAUACUAUAAAUUUACCCAAACAGACCAUAAAGCAAAUAAGUGAAACUUUUGAACUCAAGGGGUCCAGUUUUAGUAAUGGCCACAACUGUAGUACAUUCAAGGGACUACAAGGUUGUCAAGAAGGAGAUGCUGAUCAGAAGAUUACUAACAAGGAAAAAAUGCCUCCUUAUACUUGCCACACUCUAACUCACAGUAUAGAAAAUGCGUAUGAAUGUAAAGAGUGUGGGAAGUACUUUAGUUGUGGGUCAACUCUUACUCAGCAUCAGAGUAUUCAUACUGGAGAGAAGCCCUAUGAGUGUCAGGAGUGUGGGAAGGCCUUCAGACUCCCCCAACAGCUCACAAGACAUCACAAAGCUCACAGUGGCGAGAGACCUUUUGAAUGUAAUGAAUGUGGUAAAUCUUUCAAGCAUGACUCCAGCCUUGUUCAACACAGGAUUAUUCAUGCUGGUGUGAAACCAUAUGAAUGUAAUGAGUGUGGAAAAGCCUUUAAUCGUCGCUCAAACUUUAUGCGACAUCAGAAAAUUCAUUCUGCUAAGAAACCAUUGCAGUGUAAGGAAUGUGGAAAUGCCUUCACUCUUCUAGCACAGCUCAUCACUCAGCCCCAGAACAUUCAUAAUGGAAAGAAAUCAUUUGAAUGUAAACAGUGUGGAAACAUAUUCAGUGGUGGCUCCUACCGUAUGCAACACCAGAGUAUUCAUACCAGUGAGAAAGCCUUUGGGUGUCAUAUAUGUGGGAAGGCUUUUCGGCUUCAGGUAUACCUUUCUGAGCAUCAGAAAACUCACACUGAUGAGAAACCUUUCAAGUGUAAGCUGUGUGGUUCAGUCUUCAGACGUAAGUACCACCUUACUGAACAUCAGAGAAUCCAUACUGAUGUGAAACUAUAUCAAUGCAAGGAAUGUGGAAAAUUCUUUAGUCGACGCUCAAAUUUUACUGAGCAUCUGAGUAUUCACACCAAUGUGAAACCUUUCAAGUGUACGCUGUGUGGAUCAGCCUUCCGACUUCAGUCCCUACUUAGUCAACAUCAGAGAAUUCAUACUGAUGUGAAGCCAUACCAGUGCAAGGAAUGUGGGAAAUUCUUUCGUCGAAGGUCAAAUUUUACUGAGCAUCUGAGUAUUCACACCAAUGUGAAACCUUUCAAAUGUAAGCUGUGUGGGUCAGCCUUUAGACUUCAGUCCCUACUUAGUCAACAUCAGAGAAUUCAUACUGGUGAAAAACCCUAUCAGUGCAAGGAAUGUGGGAAAUUCUUUCGUAGAAGUUCAAAUUUUACUGAGCAUAGGAGUAUUCAUACUAAUUUGAAACCUUUCAAAUGUAAGCUGUGUGGAUCAGCCUUCAGACUUCAGUCCCUACUUAGUCAACAUCAGAGAAUUCAUACUGAUGUGAAGCCAUACCAGUGCAAGGAAUGUGGGAAAUUCUUUCGUCGAAGGUCAAAUUUUACUGAGCAUCAGAGUAUUCACACUAAUUUGAAACCUUUCAAAUGUAAGCUGUGUGGGUCAGCCUUCAGACUUCAAUCCCUACUUAGUCAACAUCAGAGAAUUCAUACUGGUGAAAAACCCUAUCAGUGCAAGGAUUGUGGGAAAUUCUUUCGUAGAAGUUCAAAUUUUACUGAGCAUCAGAGUAUUCACACUGGAAAGAAACCCUUUGACUGUAAGAAAUGUGGAAAAGUCUUUAGACUUAAUAUACAUCUUAUUCGCCACCAGAGAUUUCAUAAUGGUGAGACGGUAAAGAGUGUGGAGAGGCCUUUCAUCUUAAGAGCCAUAAAAUAAUUUAUUCAGGUUAAAAUCUUUGAAUACAAGGAAUGUGGGAAGUCCUUCAAGCAUGUUUCCACUCUUGCUUGACAUGGGGUUAUUCAUGCUGCUGUGAAACCAUAUGAAUGUAAUGAGUGUGGGAAAUCCUUUAAUUGUUCAAACUUCAUACAACAUCAGAAAAUUGAUUCUGAUGAGAGACUCAUUUAGUGUAAGGAAUGUGGAGAGGCCUUCACUGUUCUGGCUGAGCUUACUAGGCACCAGAACAUUCAUGCUGGAAAGAAAUCCUUUGAAUGUGAGUAGCGCUGGUCAGCCUUCAGACUUAGUACCAACUUAAUGAACAUUAGAAAAUUCAUACUGAUGUGAAUCCCUGUCAGUCCAAGGAAUGUGGAAAGGCUUUGUUCAUGGUCCAAGUCUUAGAAUUCAUGAGAGAACUCAUGAUUGUGAUUCACACUGAUGAGAAACCUUACCAAUGUUAAGAAUAUGUCGAGGCCUUUAGUCAAAAAUCAAGCUGAUUGUGCUCUAGAGUUCAUAUUAGUAGAAGCCUUAUGAAUAUAAAGAAUGUGAAAAGGCCUUUAACAAUAAUUCUAAGCUACUUGUAUAUUAAAAAUUCUGUACUAGUGAGAAACCCUAUGAAUGUAAGAAGUAGGAGAAAAUGUUUAGAAUUAGUUCAUCCUUCAGUGCAUAUUGGAGAAUUCAUACCAGUGUAAAACCUUGUCACUGUAAAGAAUGUGGAAAUAACUUCAGUUGGAGAUUAGGUCUUCAACAUAAAAGAAUCCAUGCUGGUAUGAAACCUUUUGAAUACAAGGAAUGUAGGAACAUAGAGAAAUAGCAAAGCUCUUAAAGCUCUUCAGAAAGGACAGGUAGAUCUGAAACCCUAUAAAUGCAAAGACUGUGUGAAAGCCUUUUUUGUAAAUGAUGAGCUUACACAAUAUCAGAAAAUCCAUGAUCAUCAGGAGUCCUGUGCAUGUAAGGAAUGUGAACAAGCCUUUGUAUGAAAAUUUUACUGAAGAUCAGAGCACUUAUAUUGUUAAGUCUGUGACCGAAAAGAUUGUGGGAAGAACUUUAGUAUGCCUUUUGGUUUGGGCAACAUCAGAGUAUUAAUAUAUUCCUAAUGGGAAAACCCUUUGAAAAUGUGAAUGUGGGAAGUCUGUUGUUCAGAGGAGGUACUCUGUUGAGAAUGUCUUUAAAUGCCAUAAAUACAGGGGAGCCAGCAUUAUUUUGAUUUACUCUUCUUUUGUUAGUUUGUAUAAUCUUAAUUUAUCAAUCAUCAGUCACCCAGGACAGUCAACUUAGGGAGAGCAGUUAUUGGAACCAGGUCUAUCUGAGAUGACUUCGCUAUCACCAUUAACAUCCCACUGCUCCUGCAAUACUAUUAGACUGAGUGUUUACUUUGUUUUUUAUAAUUUGUUAAUGGCUAACAGCACCAGCCAAAGUUGUAGCAACAGGGCGGUAAUAGAUAAUAAAAUCCUUGAGAGUAUUUGGUCAGUAUUCAUGUUCUGUAAAGUGGCUUCUACAGUGUUCUUGCUUUCAUCAACAUUAAUGUAGCUGUUAUGAAAGGAUAAUUGUACUUUAGAUGGCUUAGGAAAGCCACAUGCAUUCGUUCACUAUUAAAUUUCAAAUAACUUCAUUCUGGAUACAUGAAA